AUGUAUUAUCGUGGAUUUUAUCGAGGUGCUCCAUUUUGUCGAUUUGGAUUUGGCAGUUUAUUCUUAUUAGGUGGCGCCUUUAUUUUAGGUUCUAUUGUUUCAGGAAAUCGCCCACCCUGGUCUAGAAGAUUCCAUCACUGGGGAUGUCAAUGUCCAGACUGUGUUAGAAGAACAUUCGAAUUUAGAAAUCAUCAUCAUAUGGGUUGCCAAUGUCCAGAAUGCUCCUUAAGAUUAAAACAUGGUAACUAUCAUGAAACCAAUGAUUACCCACAGGAAAUUGACAACCGUUUUGACAGAUAUGGCAAUGACCACAAUCAGCCUAGAAAUCAAUCUUCUUCAAAUAGUGGAAAUAAUGGACCCAUGUGA